UCGGAAAAUCCCCAUCCUCUAUUGUUUCCGACGAAAGCUCCGUUCGCGUGUCACCGGCGUUCACCAUUCUUUCUGAAGAGAUCUUUAGUUUGUCGUUGAUGUCCUCACAGUACAGCAUCUGUGCCGUCGGGAAACAGGAACCCCGAGUCAACCGUGUUCAGCCCCUAAGUUCGAAGUUCUUAGUUUUGUCCGUUCGUUUUACAACUGAGCUUCCCGAAAGAAAUGUAAUCAACGAACUUCAUCGAUAUCUUCAUACUCAUACCGAUCAGAAGAAGACCUUUCGUUUCCGUCAUGGUCUUUGCCCUGACCUUUGCUAUACCCUGACUGUCCACGUAGUUCUGCCCUACUCCGAGAUUGUCCGUCGAGCCACCGAGUUAGAGGUUUUCAUUAAUGCUCAGAGGGCAGCCGUUCCAUCCCUUCGGCCAACCCCUGCGAUCCAGCCAGCCAAUGUUGUAAAGCCAACCUCUAGUUUGGGUAAGAGGAAGGCAGAUUUAUGCCAAGAUCAGAAGAAGAAAAAGCAUGGAGCCCCUGAUCGUCGUGAUAUCCCACCGGCCGUGCAUUUGAGGUGUGCUAAUUGCGGCCGAACCCAUGCUGGACAAUGCUGGUUUCCUCAUAAGGUAUGUUUCAACUGCCAGCGUUCAGGACAUUUUCUCAGUGUGUGCCCCUCGCCCCGGAGGCAGUCGUAUCAGAAGCAGCCACCCCAACAACAGCAACAACAGCUUCCACCGCCGCCUCAGCAGCA